UUUUGAACAUUUUUAAUAUGGCGGAAGAAUUGACCGCCGUCAGGUCGUCUUGUUUUUUACUGAGUGCAAAUUUGGAAAUUUUCGGAGUUUUGGGCAUUCGUGUGAUGUUUUUGUGAAAGUUUAUUGAUUCUAAAUAUUGAAACUUCACUAUAACCUGUUACACAUUUCUCUAAAGGCUAUUUCAAGGAUAAAAAUGUCAAAGCGACAAGCAUUCGGUGAUCACAAUCCAGCUGCCUCAGACGAUGACUCUGAUUUUGAUGACGAUGAGGAUCCAGACAAUUUGGAAGUGCCAGGUGGCGGCAAGACCCUGGCGGCGGCGGCGCGUCUGGGCGACAAGGCGAAGCCGCAGCCCGCGCCCGUCACCGUGCGCGCCACCACCAACCCGCUGGCCGCGGCGUCGGGCGUGGCGUUCGGCCAGGCCGCCCACGUGAAGCCCAUCAAGAUCUCCGCCGCCGCGCUCAGCAAGCCCGCGCUCGGCCUGCCGCGCGGAGCGCUGGGUGCGGCGCCGGCCGCCGGCUCGUCGGCCUACAGCAGCGCCGCCUCGCUGCUCGCUCAGAUGGAGAUGGUGGGCAUGCAGGGCAUGAACUCGUACCUGCUGCAGAACCUCAACCAGAUCCUGGCGUCGGGCAUGGGCGGGCCGCUGGCCGGCAUGCUGGGCCAGUUCGCCGCCGUGCCGCCGUGGGCGCAGAAGGGCGCGUGGGACAAGCCGGCCGGCGACGAGGAGGAGGUGGACGACGACGAGAUGGGCGUGGCCGAGACGUACGCCGACUACAUGCCGCCCAAGCUGCGCCUGGGCCGCAAGCACCCCGACCCCGUGGUGGAGACGGCGUCGCUGUCGUCCGUGGAGCCGGUGGACGUGACGUACUCGCUGGGGCUGCCCGACGAGACGGUGCGCGGCGGGCUGCUGUCGGCGCUGCAGCUGGAGGCCGUGGUGUACGCGGCGCAGGCGCACGAGCACCUGCUGCCCGACGGCUCGCGCGCCGGCUUCCUGGUGGGCGACGGCGCGGGCGUGGGCAAGGGGCGCACCAUCGCCGGCAUCAUCUUCGAGAACCACCUGCGCGGCCGCAAGCGCGCGCUGUGGGUGUCCGUGUCCAACGACCUGAAGUACGACGCGGAGCGCGACCUGCGCGACAUCGGCGCCGGCAAGAUCGAGGUGCACUCGCUCAGCAAGUUCAAGUACGCGAAGAUCUCGUCGGCCGCCAACGGGCACGUGAAGAAGGGCGUGGUGUUCAGCACCUACAGCGCGCUCAUCGGCGAGACGCAGGCCAGCACCAAGUACCGCUCGCGCCUCAAGCAGCUGCUGCAGUGGUGCGGCGAGGACUUCGACGGCGUCAUCGUGUUCGACGAGUGCCACAAGGCCAAGAACCUGUGCCCCGUGGGCUCGGGCAAGGCCACCAAGACGGGGCUGACGGCGCUGGAGCUGCAGAACAAGCUGCCCAAGGCGCGCGUGGUGUACGCGUCCGCCACGGGCGCCUCCGAGCCGCGCAACAUGGCGUACAUGGUGCGCCUCGGCAUCUGGGGCGAGGGCACGCCUUUCCCCACCUUCAUGGACUUCAUCAACGCCGUGGAGAAGCGCGGCGUGGGCGCCAUGGAGAUCGUGGCCAUGGACAUGAAGCUGCGGGGCAUGUACAUCGCGCGCCAGCUGUCCUUCCACGGCGUGUCCUUCAAGAUCGAGGAGGUGCCGCUGUCCGACUCGUUCCGCGACACCUACGACAAGGCGGUGGCGCUGUGGGUGGAGGCCAUGCAGCGCUUCACGGAGGCGGCCGAGCUGAUCGACGCGGAGCCGCGCAUGAAGAAGACCAUGUGGGGGCAGUUCUGGUCGGCGCACCAGCGGUUCUUCAAGUACCUGUGCAUCGCCGCCAAGGUGAACCAGGCCGUGGUGCUGGCGCGCGAGGCGGUCAAGUGCGGCAAGUGCGUGGUCAUCGGCCUGCAGAGCACGGGCGAGGCGCGCACGCUGGACCAGCUCGAGCGCGACGACGGCGAGCUGUCCGACUUCGUGUCCACCGCCAAGGGCGUGCUGCAGACGCUGGUGGAGAAGCACUUCCCGGCGCCGGACCGCGAGCGCAUCAACCGGCUGCUGGGCCUGGAGGCGAAGGCCAAGGCCGCGCCGGCCGCGCCCGCCGCCGCGCCGCCGCGCAACGGGCUGGACGACGGCGCCGCCAAGCGCAAGCUGACGGCGCGCCAGCAGGUCAACGCGGCCGCCAAGCGGCUGCGCGGCGGCUCCUCGUCCGACGAGUUCGUCCGCUCGGACGACGAGCUCGACGCCGAGCUGGAGGCCGAGCGCGAGGCCGAGGCCGACUCGGCCGACGACUCAGAGCUGAGCGACUCCAACCCGUUCCGCGCCGGCAGCGACAGCGACGACGAUCCGUGGGUGGGGCGCAAGAAGAAAGUGGCGAAAAAGAAAAAAGCGCCCGCCGCGAAGAAGGCGAAGGCGAGCACGCAGGACAAGAUAGAGACCAUGUUCUCGCGCAAAAGCCUGGCGCCCGCGCCCGUCACCGUCGCGGCGGCCGGCCGCAGCCUCGCGGGCACGCCCGUGGGCACCAACGGCCUGUACCUGGGCCCCUCGCGCGCCGUGGCGCCCGCGCGCUCCGCCAUCGAGCGCGCCUGCAGCAUGAAGGAGCAGCUGCUGGCGGCCGUGGAGCGCCUGGGCCGCCGCCUGCCGCCCAACACGCUGGACCAGCUGGUGGACGAGCUGGGCGGCACCGACAACGUGGCCGAGAUGACGGGCCGCAAGGGCCGCGUGGUGCAGACGGAGGACGGCCAGAUCCAGUACGAGAGCCGCUCGGAGGCCGACGUGCCUCUGGAGACGCUCAACCUGACGGAGAAGCAGCGCUUCAUGGACGGCGAGAAGGACGUGGCCAUCAUCUCGGAGGCGGCGUCCAGCGGCAUCUCGCUGCAGAGCGACCGGCGCGCGCGCAACCAGCGCCGGCGCGUGCACAUCACGCUGGAGCUGCCGUGGUCGGCCGACCGCGCCGUGCAGCAGUUCGGGCGCACGCACCGCUCCAACCAGGUCAACGCGCCCGAGUACGUGUUCCUCAUCUCCGACCUGGCGGGCGAGCGGCGCUUCGCCUCCACCGUGGCCAAGCGCCUGGAGUCGCUGGGCGCGCUCACGCACGGCGACCGGCGCGCCACCGAGUCGCGCGACCUAAGCCAGUUCAACGUGGACAACAAGUACGGGCGCACGGCGCUGGAGGCCGUCAUGAAGGCCAUCAUGAAGUACGAGGCGCCGCUGGUGCCGCCGCCCGCCGACUACGCGGGCGACUUCUUCCAGGACGUGGCGGCCGCGCUCGUGGGCGUGGGGCUCAUCGUCAACAGCGACGCGGCGCCCGGCGUGCUGGCGCUGGACAAGGACUACAACAACAUGUCCAAGUUCCUGAACCGCAUCCUGGGCAUGCCCGUGGAGCUGCAGAACCGCCUCUUCAAGUACUUCACCGACACGCUCGCCGCCGUCAUGGACCAAGCUCGUCGCAGCGGGCGGUUCGACCUCGGCAUCCUGGACCUCGGCAGCGCGGGCGAGAGCGUGCGGCGCGUGCGCUGCGUGCGCUUCCUGCGCCGACACGCCACCGGGCAGGCGCCCGUCGAGCUGCACACCGUGCACUCUGAGCGCGGGCUCGAGUGGUCGCUGGCGCUGGAGAAGCUGUCGGAGGCCAGCUCGGCCGAGGAGGGCUUCUACGUGUCGCGCACGCCGCGCAACGGCAAGCUGACGGCCGUGCUGUGCCUGGCGGCGGCGCCGGCGCGCGCCGAGCGUCGCGAGCGCGACCGCCCCGCCAAGAAGGAGCGCAUGUUCCACGUGCACAAGCCCAACACGGGGCUGCAGCUGCGGCUCGAGAGCCUGGCCGACAUCGAGAAGAAGUACAAGCGCGCGGAGCCCGACGACGCGGAGGCGGCGUGGCGCGCGCAGCACGCGGCCUCGCUGCGCACGUGCGCGCACGCCUACUGGCGCGCGGCAUGCCGCGACCCGCACUGCGAGGUGGGGCUGCGGCGCCGCACGCACCACGUGCUGGCCGGCUCGCUGCUGGCCGUGUGGGCGCGCGUGGAGCAGGCGCUGGCGGCGCGCUCGGCCGGCAAGAUGCAGGUGGUGCGCCUCAAGACGGACGACGGGCUCAAGAUCGUGGGUACGCUCAUCCCCAAGAACUGCGUGGACACGCUGAAGGAGGCGCUGUCGGUGGACGCCGUGAGCGUCAGCGAGCAGACGUUCGAGUCGGAGCGCUAGGCCCGCGCCGGCCCCUCCUGUGCUCACGACUCGCCCGGGGCGUGCGCGCGGCCCGCGGCUGCGCCCGACGCGACUCCUCGCCGACUGUACGACGUUGUAAUAUAAUGUACGAUUUAUUUAUUUAACCGUAAGAUCGUAUCGACGACCGAGACGUGUGCUGCAGAGGUAGUCGGUUCACGAUCGCCUGUUCAGUGUUAGACUACGGGGAACUAGAGGUUCGUAUACGAGAACAUUUGUACAAAGUAUAAAUGAUUAGUUUGGUGUGUUGCAGUUUGUGCCGAGCCCACUGUAAUGACAAUGUAAACUGUAAGACUAAGCGUAGCUCUCGCUCUCGCUCUCGCUCAGCUCUAGCGCGAGUAGCGCAGAGCCGCGAGUCGACUGUUCGUAUUCAUUGUAUAUACAUUAGUAUUUAUUAGACACCUACAUUUUUGUAUUUCAAUUGUAGCCAAAAAUCAAUUGAUGAAUUGUCUAUGCUAUGUUAGUGUUGUGUUCGUUCGCUCUCGCACUCGCGGCAGUGUGACAAGUGACGACGUAAGGGCGGGCGCACACCGCGCGUGCGGCGCGUGCGGCGCGUGCGGCGCGUGCGGCGCGUGCGGCGCGUGCGGCUCGCUCACUGUGAUGGUAUGAUAAGUGCAAUAGAGAUAUUACGAGAUAAUAUAAUUGGUAAAAUACUUUUCAGUGUCUUGAUGUUUUCAAUUACAAAUAGUUUUUAAUAAAUGAUAAUUUGAUUAGAAAACGCGUACGCUGUGUACGACUGUACGUACAAUUACUUGAUCGUAACUCCCGAAGCACAGAUUUACAGUUCAAAAAACGUCAAAAAUAUGAUAUACUUGUAAUAAGGUGUUACAAAUGUUAUUUUUAUUGACUAUGUUGUUACACCGAGUGAUGCACCGCGCACCGCGCACUGUGUCCAAUUGUCAUUCGUCAUCAUAUAAUUAAUUAUAAAGACAAAUAAAUGUACAUACUUA